GUCAGAAAAGCAAAUGUUCUGUGUGUGUAAAAGCAAUGUUUGUUGGCUGCGAGAUUCUAAUUAUGUUUACGAUUGCAUUAAGCAAAUAAUUUAAGUUUUAAUUCGUAAUCUUUUACGUAGUGUUUCGUAAAGAGCCGUAAUUAUCAACGGGUAAUUUCGGAUAAACUUCGUACACUAGAGCUGGAAUAUGUAUCAUGGAUUAUAACUCAUACAACAACAAAGUUUAUUCUGCUCCAAAUCAAUCAGUGCCGAUUGCAUCUGAUUUCUUUCCGCCAAGUUCUUCGACAGCAUACUUGAAAGUUUCAAACCCUGCGCUAGUUUUGAAACAUGAAUCUAUUAACGCCGGAUCACACAGCGGAACAGCAACGCCACCGGUUAAUUAUAGUCAAAAUGCGCCACAAUACAGCGAACACAAUAUGCAACAGCCAGAUCAAAAACACGGCUAUUACACAAAGCCUUUGGAUCUGCAGAUGAUAUCCAAUCCUUACUUAGCACACCAUCAGCAACAAAUCGGGCAUCAGAACACCAAUUUUCAUUUGACUCACGAAUAUCAUCACGAGCAUUCCAACGCGUCGACAAUUAGUUCGAGCAUAGACCAGCAGCAGCAGCAGUCGUACAGCACCCAUCAGUCGCCUAUUCCUCCCGGUGCCAGUCCGGUUGUUCACCAGCACCCGGUGUUGGUUCCGCCAAAGGUGGGUUACGAUUGUGGAACAUGUUCUAAAAAUUUUGACACCAAGGUGAAACUGGAAAAGCAUUUUCGAACACACACCGAAGAACAAUCAUUCCAAUGUCGAAUGUGCGAUAAGAAAUUUCGAAGCCAGAACACAUUGACCUGUCACGAAAAAGUGCACGGGGAGAAUGGAGUGGAUAAUAAUUUUUCUUGCGUCACUUGUGGGAAAGUUUUCAAAGCCGAGGAUAAAUUGCUCGUUCACAUGCGUCUUCAUACGGGUGAAAAGCCGUAUCAAUGCAAGAUUUGCUUCAAGUGCUUCAAUCAUCAAUCGAACCUGAUAGCUCACUCUCGGACACAUGAAACGAUAAAAAAGGCUAUCAAGUGUGAUCGGUGCAAUAAAAUUUUGGACAACGAGGAGCGACUUGCGAUCCACAUGAGAUUGCACACCGGCGAAAAACCUUACAAAUGUUCUUAUUGUGAUAAAAGAUUUAACCACAAGAGUACUGUUUGUACUCACGAAAAAACGGUGCAUAUUGCUUCGAACGCUUACAAAUGCGAACGAUGCCAUAAAACAUUCAAUCAGAAGUGUCAGCUUCAGUACCACGAAAAGCUCCAGGAGCCACACGUAAUUGCGUGCUCUAUGUGCGAAAAGGUCUUUUGUUACAAUGCAAGCCAUAAAGAGCACAUGUUCCGGGUGCAUUUCCCGCGGAAGAAAAAAGAACGCCCGGCUGGUCCUGAUGGUGAAGGAAGUGGGCGGAACAAAUUCAAAUGUAAUGUGUGCGAUCGCAGAUUCUACUACAAACGAGCUCUCGAAAUGCAUAUGGGAGUUCAUGAUGCAUCUUUGGAUGUAAAUGUGCUUUACUUCUCGUGCAACUACUGCCCGGAAACGUUCACCGAUGAAGAGCCUCUGCUGCAGCACGAAGCGGAGCAUGUGGCGAAUAACACAACGGAUUUUAUGGAGAACAUGAAAUCAUUGGAACAAUCGGAAGACCCGGAAUUUGGGCAAGUGCUGGGGAAAUACCGCUGCCCACUUUGUUUCAACCGUUUCGAAGAUCUGCCUGCGUUACAGGAACACCACCGGACACACCUCUGCUCCAAGCCGAAGGAAUGUGACAAAUGUCAGCCAACUCUUGCCGAUGAUUAUGAUUUCACGAAGAGCACCUAUGACGAAAAGGACGAUAACUGCGCCACACAGUGCCACAUCUGCGAAAGGACACUUCAAUCAUUCGAACUUUUCCAGAAUCACUUCCACUACCACACGUCCCGGGUUCCCUUCUACUGCUUCCAAUGUCGGGAGGAAUUUCCCGACAAGAAAGAGCUCUAUGCGCACACCAAAACGCAUGCUCCGAGGGAUGCCGAGUCGUACACCUGCGAGAUUUGCGCCAAAGUGUUCUCGACCAAGGGUAACUUUAGGCGUCAUUUGAAAUCCCACGAGGCGGUUAGGGCCUUCGCCUGCGAUCGGUGUUUCAAACAGUACGACUACAAGAGUGCGCUAGAUUUGCAUUUGAAAAAGGCUCAUGGGAUCGAAUAUUCCUGAGUUAUGAUGUGUUUGUUUCGGGUUGGCCUUCGAACAAAAUUCGUGUUGUUCCUUAGCUACCGUUUAGUUUUCGAACUUUUCUUAAGUUAUAC